AUGCCUACAGCGGUGGGCAAGCGCCUUCCCCUCGGCGGCUCCUCCGCUGGCUCCCGUUCUCAGGCACAAGACGAAGGGGCAGCGUUUCCGCCUCGCCUCCCUGUGCCCGGGGUGCGCUUUGUACAUGCUCAGGGGCAGCGCCGGCCUCUUCGGGGACCGGGCAUUUCAUCAGUCCCGCGACCGCCCUCUUUGCAAGGGGGUGGGGUGGGGAAACAGCGCGCACUCUUCGCAUGCUCGGAGGCGCUCUUUGCUCUCCCUUCGAGUCAAGUCAAGCCGGCGAGGAGAGGGAGGGAAGCGGGGGAAAGCCACCGGCAGAGCUCCCUGCCCCGCGGGGCUUACAGUCGGGAAGCUGGCCCGGAGGGAAGAGAACAGAGGGACAUCGCCCCCCUCCUGAAGGACCCGCUGGCCUUCUCCGCUGCCAUCGACCUGCUGGAAGCCCACGUCAAGGCCUCGCACCCCAAGUUCGAUUACAUCGCAGGCCUUGACUCCCGUGGCUUCCUUUUCGGACCCGUUCUGGCCCAGCGGUUGGGGGUCGGCUUUGUGCUGAUCCGGAAGAAGGGGAAGCUGCCAGGCCUUACAGAGUCCGUCUCCUACACGCUGGAAUAUGGCCAGGCAGAGCUCGAAGUCCAGAGCGACGCCGUCCGCCCAGGGCAGAAGGUGAUCCUGAUUGACGACCUGCUUGCCACCGGAGGCACCAUGCGGGCGGCUUGCCAGCUGAUGGGCAAGUUGGAGGCCGAGGUGGUGGAGUGCCUCGUCCUCAUCGAGCUGAAGUUCCUGAAGGGAGCAGACCUGAUCAAGCCCUUCCCGCUUCACUCCCUCGUGCAGUACGAAUGAAGGACGGACGGGACAGACGAGGGCCCCGGAGGUGGGUGGCCCUGGGCCCGCCUUGGGCAUCGCUUCCCUUCAUCUCCCCUUUCCCGGGCAGGAAACGGGACCCUUGGCCUCUGCCCUGCCACACCUCAUUCUGUGCCACAGCAGCCAAAGCUGGGGGCAUCUAAAACUCCUUUUUCUUUUCUUUAAUCAACCUUUGUUCUCGGAUAACGGGAGCAUUUUAUCUUGGGACUUUGAAACUUUGCUGUGUAAUGGGCACAAACAGACGUCAAUGCCUCCAAGGGUCCCGAUGAAGCCAGUGCCCUUUUUCUGCAGGCGCCCAGGCCAACUUGAGCUCCUCUAAGGACGGUUUCCUUUUCCUGGACAGACAGGUUGGUGUCUCCCUCCGGGCUCACCUUUUGGACUUCUGCAGGGCAGGAGUAAAGCCUCAACAGGACCGAGAUGAGUCCUGCUCACCAAGUCUACUCUUCUGGAACAUGGGUAGCUUAAUUGUAGAAGCAGGUUAACGGGAUUAAGGCCUUCUUUCUUUGGAAGCGACGGGUUGCUACGUCCAAUGAGACCGGCAGCCGGAGGCUGCUUCCAGCUAAGCAGUGUUUCAAAACUGGAUAAGAGUCUCUCUUUUGGCACCAGAGCUUCCUAAAUCCACAAGUCAUGUGGUGGAGCAAUUUUGUCAGCUGUCCAAGACUGUGUUUUUCAAGCCCUCUCUAAGUUCGGAGUAACGGUCCAAAUAAAUAAAUCCCUAAUUUUUCCAAAUUCUGUAUUGACUUAGGUUAGCUACGCAAUUGCUGCAAACUGCUGGAUACAAUAUGUGGCUACGCCAUAUGUUAUGGCCUGGUUCUGCACUGGUCUCUGUAACGGAAGCAUUGCGCCCCAGAAUCAAGCCAGGUUGGGAGAAGGUUUCUCCUCUCUUCAGUGGGAUGUGCGAAACCGGAAGUAAACCAGUCCACCCGAUAAUAGCAAUUACCCGGAAAUAAACUGGGGUUGGCCGGGCAGUGGGUGGGAGGGAAAGGCGGUGGAAGCUGAGAGGCUGAAUUUACACUCGCCUAGUGACAGUGAGUUUUGUCCUGCUUCACUAGGCUACUCUGUAGAAUGAGUCAUUCCUCAAAACUGCAUUUCAAUAAAAGCAGCCGAGGACAGAG